AAAUCGAUAUAAUCGAAACAGUUAGGUGACGCUUCGAAAUAUUACCAAACAUUUUAACAAAUCGUUAAAUCUCCCAUCUUUUUUCUUCAUUCAGUAGCUCUAUUUCCACAUUCCCACUUCAAAAAAUUUAAAGACAUUUUAAAUCCUCAAAUUAAUUUCAAAAUAAAAAUUCAUAUAUAUAUGUUACAGUGCAGCUAGCUAUACAUACAAUUUCAGGAUCCUUUGUUUCAUUUCUCAGAUAAUUAUGCAAGAAAUCAAGAAAUCUGGGAAAUCUUGUUUCUCAAAUUCAGAAAAUGGGUCAUUGUUGAUUGCAUCUUUAAAGUUGAAAAAGGGAAAGUUUUUAAUUCAAUGCAAAAAAGAUAAAGCAAAGUCAAGUAGUAAGGUGAAAAGGGCAGUGCUUGUGAGUGAUUCAUCAAGCAAGGGGAUGAAAAAAAGUAUAAAAAUUAUGAGUAAAAAGAUCUUGCAGAAGGCAAUUGAUAAGAAAUCUUCAUCUAAGAAGAUGAAUUGUGAAGAUCAAAGAGGUAGAAAUUUGUUAGGUUUUGGUUCUGAGCAGAAUGGGAAGAAAGUUAAACUCAAGAAGAAGAAGAAGAAGAAGAAUAAGAAAGGGUUGAAUGGAAAGGCUGAGUUGGAUGAGCCAUCGCGGUUGCAGAGGAGGACUAGGUAUUUGAUGGUUAAAAUGAAGCUGGAACAGAAUCUUAUUGAUGCUUACUCUGGUGAAGGAUGGAAAGGUCAAAGCCGGGAGAAGAUCAGGCCAGUAAAGGAACUUCUAAGAGCCAAGAAGCAGAUUUUGAAGUGUAAACUUGGUAUACGUGAUGCUAUUCACCAGCUGGAUUCACUUAGUACAGUGGGAUGUAUUGAAGACUCGGUUAUUGCUCCAGAUGGAUCUGUUUCUCAUGAACAUAUUUUCUGCUCAAAGUGCAAAUCCAAUGAAGUUUCCCCAGAUAAUGAUAUUGUACUCUGUGACGGGACAUGCAAUUGUGCCUUCCACCAACGAUGCCUUGAUCCUCCACUAGACACUGAAAACAUACCACCUGGAGAUCAGGGAUGGUAUUGCAAGUUUUGUGAUUGCAGAAUGGAAAUUAUAGAAGCUAUGAAUGCACAUCUGGGCACCCAGUUCUCAGUUGAUAGCUGUUGGCAGGAUUUUUUCAACGAAGAAGCAACUUUCUAUGACACGGGAGGCAUAUCAAUAAAUCAAGAAGAAGAGUGGCCUUCAGAUGAUUCCGAAGAUGGCGAUUAUGAUCCAGGAAGGAGGGAAAACAGUACCAGUGAAGCAGGCACGGAUGAUGAUGCCUCUAGGGAUGGUAACAGUGCGACCAGCUUGGAUUGGUCUUUAGAAGGUGAAGUUUUGUCAGGAUCUAAGGAUGGGGAGACGGAUAACAUGGAUUUUAGAAACCAAUCUAUUUAUAGCAGUUUAGACUCCGAUGAAACCAGUGAUGGGGAAGUUGUAUGUGGCCGUAGACAGCGAACAGCAGUUGACUAUAAGAAGUUAUAUGUUGAAAUGUUUGGGAAGGAUGCUCCAGUACAUGAGCAAGUUAGCGAAGAUGAAGACUGGGGCCCUGGAAAAAGAAAACGAAGAGGAAAGGAGUCGGAUGCUGCCAGCACCCUCAUGACAUUGUAUGAAAAUGAGAAACAAAGUAAAAAAUGUUUAACUAUUGAAGCCAAGGGGGAGCUUUCUCGAGAGUUACGAGUUACAAGGCCACUUUUCAGAAUCCCCCCUUCUGCCCUUGAGAAACUUCGCCAGGUGUUUGAGGAGAAUGAACUUCCCUCUAGAACUGUCAAGGAAAACCUUUCUAAAGAUUUGGGUCUCGAUCCUGGGAAGGUCAGCAAAUGGUUCAAGAAUGCACGAUACUUGGCUCUAAAGUCCAGGAAGAGAGUUAAUGAAGACAGUUCGAGUCCCGAAAUCCCCAGGGAACCAAGAUUAGAUGAUGUAAAUAAUUUAAGCUCUUCUGAUCUUGAUGAAGUAAGAACAACCUCCACUAAAACCAAGGCUUGUAACCAGAAGCAUUUAAACCAGGCCCUUAAGAAGACGGAGUUAAAGUCAAUAUGCUGCAGUUUGAAACGGAAAAGAGCUUCGGUUGAAUCUCCUUCUAAAAGCAAAGAGAUCAGUGAUGAUGUGAGCUUGAAGAGGCUGAUGAAGUCAAAAACAAAGAAAGCUAAGAAGAUAAACUCCAUUUUGACAAGGGCAGCGCAAGCGGCCGAGGCUGAGAUGGAGAGGCUUUGCAGAGCUAAGGUUCGGUUAGAGAAUCUGAAGCAGAAAUUGCUGAGACUGCAAAAUAGCAAAUCUAAGAAGACUAAGAGAAACCAUUUACACCAACAAACUGUUGUGUUUGUUCCCAUUGCAAAGCUAAGGGAACAAAUUUAAUAUGUGGACAGGCCAGUAAUUUUUGGCUGAAGCUUACAUGUAAAUAUUCUCUGCCAAUGUUCAUUGUCAGUCAAGUACUGAUUCUCACUAAUUAUAGAAUUCCCUUUUAAGAUGUGUUCGAA